GGAUAAGGCAGUGCUGCUCGCGGCGCGGAUCGAACCCCAGCAGAAGUGGUUUGGUACUGUCGGCAGUCUUUAAAAAAAAAAAUUAAAUCAAAUCCGGAUCGUGGGGGAAAAAUUAUAAUAAAAGAAUAAAAAUAUUUUUUUAUUGAAUAUGUCUGACGAAUCAGGUCCAUUUUAAAAUAGGAUUCUUUUGGGGGAGUUUUAUUUUUUUUUUUUUUCCCCGGAAACUUUUCUCUCUCUCAGGAACUUCCUGACGGAUUGAGUUCAAAUUAAGACUGGGCAUUUCGCGUGGAUGCUCCUCAGGAGGGAUAUUAUGCUCUUGUGUUUUCCUCUUCUCUCGAGGAAAGGAUGAGAACGAGAGGAAGAAGUUGCAUUUCGGCCAAUUAAUUAACCCUUCUCGACUAAACUUCAUCGAAGUUCGACCAUAAUUAUUCCCCACAAAGCGCCUUUAGAUAUGGGAUUUUUAACCUGGCCAACGCUCACGUGUAUAGUCUUCACGUGGAUAGUGCCACACGUAGGGGGCUUCGCCCCAAGCAUCGACAUACCCGAGACCACAACGGAGCCUCCGCCCACGACCCCUGACCCGGAGACCUUGCCCUAUUUCCUGCACUACCUCAACUCCUCGAGAAUCACCAUCAACAAGGGCAAGACCGCCGUCCUCGACUGCCAGGUCUUCCGUCUCAAGGACAGGACGGUUUCGUGGGUGAGGCGGAAGGGAAGCAACAUCCAUCUACUGACCUUCGGAACGGCGACUUACCACGAAAAUGAAAAAUACAAACUGGAAUUCAUGGAGCCAAACAACUGGCAACUGGUCAUCCACGCUACCGACGAAGGCGACCAGGGAUCCUACGAGUGUCAAAUAUCCUCCCACCCGCCCAAGAUCCGGAAGGUCUACCUGACCAUCAAUGUUCCCCGUCUAGACAUCCACGACGGGCGAGGGCAGGCCAUCCAGGAGAAAUUCUACGAGGUCGGGUCGGGCAUCGACCUGAGGUGCUCGGGUCAGCACGUGCCCAAGGACAGCAUCGUGUGGUUCGGCGGCGGUGACACGAGAAUCGUCCAUGCCCCGGAGGCAGGGGUCAGCCUGGAGAACUCCGUGGGCGAGGGCGGGCCCGUCUCCAUACUCAAAGUGAAGGAGGUCGCCGUGAAGGACUCCGGAAACUACUCCUGUAGCGCGCCGGAAGCGGAACCGGCCACCGUCCGGAUACAAGUGCUCGACGGGGAGAGCUCAGCAGCCAUGCAGCAUUCCACCAACGGGGGGGAACACCUGCAUAUUUACUGCGAAACAAUACUACCACUGGGACUCCUAGUAUUGGUUCUCAUUUGUCUGCCUUAAGCCAUCUCCUCCUUCCCCCACCACAAGCACAGCGUGCCAUCUUGAUUUUUUUUUUUUUUCGUCUCGGGCGCCAUCUUGAGAUUUCAUCCACCUUGCACGCCAUCUUGAAAUAUUUUGGUUCUCAUCUGCCAUCUUGAUUUUUUCUUCGUCUCUGGCGCCAUCUUGAGAUAUCAUUCAUCUUGCACGCCAUAUUGAUAUUGUUUUGGUCUCAUGUAUGCUUGAUUUUUUCAUCUCCACCUCAUGCUCCAUCUUGAUUUUUUUUUUUCAUCUCUAAUGUCAUCUAGAAUUUCAUUUAUCACCUUGUAUGCCAUCUUAAUUUUUUAUCUCAUCCAUCAUUUUGAUUUCAAUUUCAUCCAGUCCACUUGAUUUUUUUCAUCUCGUCGGCCAUCUUGAUUUCAAUUUCAUCCAGUGCACAUGAUUUUUUUUUCAUCUGCCAUCUUGAUCUCAAUUUCAUCCAGUCUACUUGACUUUUUCAUCUUGUCCGCCAUCUUGAUUUCAAUUUUAUCCAGUGCACUUGACUUUUUCAUUUCGUCUGCCAUCUUGAUUUCAAUUUUAUCCAGUGCACUCUUUUUCAUUUCGUCUGCCAUCUUGAUCUCAAUUUUAUCCAGUGCACUUGACUUUUUCAUUUCGUCUGCCAUCUUGAUUUCAAUUUUAUCCAGUGCACUUGACUUUUUCAUUUCGUCUGCCAUCUUGAUCUCAAUUUUAUCCAGUGCACUUGACUUUUUCAUUUUGUCUGCCAUCUUGAUUUCAAUUUUAUCCAGUGCACUCUUUUUCAUUUCGUCUGCCAUCUUGAUCUCAAUUUCAUCCAGUACACUUGAUUUUUUUCUUUUCGUCUGCCAUCUUGAUCUCAAUUUCAUGCAGUCUACUUGACUUUUUCAUCUUGUCUGCCAUCUUGAUCUCAAUUUCAUCCAGUGCGCCAUCUUGUUUUUAUUUUUUCCCAAUGAAAUCUCCAGCGCCAACAGAGGGGAGGAAACCUGUUCUUUUGAUACCUGCUUGAGGAAUCUCUCCAACGGUGGAGGAGGACGAGAUGAAGGAGGAGCCUGUGCUUUAGCUCGAGGACCCUCGAGGACGUCCUCUCCCACCCCUCAAACUCCCCUCCCGCCUCCCUCAACCCCGUGGUUGUGUGUUUGUAUCAUAAACUUACUACUAUGUCCAGUGUGAAGUGACCAACGGUCUGUGUUCAUGACGUGACGUUAUCUGACAAGAAUUCAGGAGCCGCUGAAGAGGAGAUAAAAAAAAAAAAAUCACGAUGCUGAAUCUCAAUCAAGAAUAGAAAAUGGACUCUCGGCUCUUCUCCCCCGUGAUGACGUCAGCUCAAAAGAUGAAUCAGUGUCAAAAUAAGCUAGGUUUAAGUGCGUGUGCGUGUGUGUGUAUGUGUGUGUAACGAUAUAAGAGCUGAAACCAAGGUUCCCCUCGUAGACAUUUAAAUUUAAGGAAGGAUCUGCGAGGAAAGAAAGUUGAAUGUAUUAUUAAAAAGCUCAAGUUGUUGUGUUUAUUACCUAGUACUAUACGGAACACAAAAUUGAUGCUGCAAAACGUGCAUUCGCGUGAAAAUGAACAGAUUUACCUUUAGUCACAACAUACAAAUAGAGACAGACAGGCUUCUGAAGGCCACUGGAUACCUAUAAAUGGUUUUUCUAAAAUGAUUUACCCGUUACUUCGCACAUCUAUAUAAAAAAAAUCGAGAAGACUAUACGAUGAAACAACCCCGUCAAUCUAGUGAUAUUGUAAAUUAUCACCAAUCGAUUUAAAAAAGCAAAAUAAACCUAGGUAAUCUGCGUACGGUGUCAUAUCUGUCCAGUAAGUUACGUAUAGGAGCGAGAGAAAGAGCCCGUGCUGUCAUAGGGCCAGCAAAAUCUACUAUAACAACAAAAGUGCAAAAAAAAAAAAAAAAAAAUACUUUUUGGAAUGCUGAUUUGGAAUUUUGAGAGACGGCCAACUGUUCUUGACUCCAUUCCUUGCAAAGUGAGUUUUUUUUUUCAAGAUGUGGUACAAUUAUGCUUAAGAAUAUCGCCUUUUGGAGUCAAUAUUUAACCCCCGAAAAAGCCAGUGUCCUGAUCGAGACGGUAAGAAAUCAUCCGCGUUCUCUGGUACACGUUUAAUUAUAUACGUUAGUUUAACCAGACCACUGAGCUGAUUAACAGCUCUCCUAGGGCUGGCCCGAAGGAUUAGGAACCAAUCUACAUAGCGGGGAAUCGAACUCUUGGCUACCGAAUCGGUAGGUGAGCACGCAAACCACUCGUCCAAAGAGGAACUUGGUAUAUACAAUUAGAAUGACGGUAGCUGGAAUAUGAUCGAGCAAAAGAUAUUCAAGCCAUAUUUUUUUUCUUUUUCAACAAAAUGUGAGAAAUAACUACACUCCGCCAGAAAAAUCUAACUCGACAUUUUCCCUUCAAUUGAAAAUAUAUCGAAGAACUUGGAAUUUUCAAAGCGUGCGGGAAAUAAUUGUUUUUUAAAAAGAAUAUGAAGCAAAAUUUGACGUCGUAUUUCUUAAAAAUAAAUAGAUAAAAAAAACCAAGGGAAAAUACUUGCACUUUUCCAGAACAUUCUCGCUCAAGUUAUUUCUUGAAUUUUGUAUAUUGGAAAAAUUGGACAAAGUUUUCAGUGCCAGUUCAGCAUUAAAAUGACUCAAUAAUCUAAAAAUAAUAUUAUGUACAACACUAUUUCAAAAACGAUAAUGAUUUUUUAUGAAGGAAAUAUUAUUGGAAACUAAUAAAACAUGGAAGAUAGACGAUUGGAACACCCAUAAAUGGAAAAUACA